AUGUUCUCGUUGCGAAGGCUCCCAGCACAUACUAUCGCCGUCCCCAGCACCCGUCUCUUCUCGUCGUCCCUCCCGCUCAACGCCAACCGCGCCCUAAUUUACUCCCAAACCGGCUCCCCAUCCUCCGUCCUCUCAUCCCGAACCUACCCUAACCUCCCACCCCCACCUCCCAACACUCUAAACCUCCGCCUCCUCCUCGCACCCAUAAACCCAAGCGACAUAAACGUCAUCGAGGGCGUAUACCCCGCCAAACCAGCUCCCGCGUCUUUUCCCGGAGACCCGUCACUUUCAAAGUCUGAAAGCGGAGAGGACGUGUUCGUUAGUGGGAAUGAGGGCUUAGCCGAGGUCGUUGAGAGUGGUGAACAGGGACAAGGGGAGGGAGAAGGGAAGGGAGAAGGGGAGAGGUUCGAGAAGGGUGAGUGGGUGAUUCUGACGAGGCCGCAGAGUGGGACGUGGAGGAGCGGGGUGAAUGUUGGUGUGGAGGAUGUGGUGAGGAUUGGGAGGGAAGAGGGAUUGAGCGAGGUGCAUGCGGCUACGAUCACUGUGAAUUAUCCGACGGCGUAUAAUAUGCUUAGGGAUUAUGUAGACUUGAAAGAAGGAGACUGGAUCAUCCAGAAUGGGGCGAACAGUGCUGUCGGACAAGCUGUCAUACAAAUAGCCAAAUCCCGAGGUCUAAACACCAUUAACCUCAUCCGCGCGCGGUUCACAGAAGCCCUCAAAGCGGAACUGACCGCUCUCGGCGCGACCCACGUCCUAACCUACACCGAUCUCUCCUCCCCCUCCACAAAAUCCCUCAUCAAAUCAUGGACUUCCUCCUCCUCCCAAGGAAUAAAACUCGCACUAAACUGCGUCUCCGGCAAACCCACCUCCCUCAUGGCGCGUCUCCUCGGCCCCGACGCCCACCUCGUCUCCUACGGCGCGAUGAGCAAAGAACCGCUCAGUCUGCCGACGUCACUGUUCAUUUUUAAAGGGUUGACUUGUCAUGGGUUUUGGCAGAGUAGGUGGUAUAAGGAGAAAGGGAGGGGGGAGAGAGAGGGGUUGAUUAGGGAGUUGGUGGGGUUGAUUCUGGGCGAGCCGAAACAUGAGAUCGUGACGUUGAAGAAGGAGUAUGGCGAUGAGGAGGCGACGGGGAUCGUGAGGGAGGUGAUGCGGAAGAUGGCGGAGGGGAAGUAUGGGAAGAAGGUCUUGUUGCGGGUGGAGGAACCUGAUGAUUAG